AUGGGUGAUUUGAUCAGCAUCAACGCGAACACUCUUCAAUUCUAUCGUCACGGGAUCUCGCAUCCAUGGAAGAUGUUCUGCGAGCCGUUCAUGCUAAAUCAUGGAGUGUUGAUUGUUGGGUAUGGAGAGGAAAAGAAUAAGCCCUACUGGAUCGUGAAGAACUCGUGGGGACAACGCUGGGGAGAGAAUGGAUAUUAUCGUUUAUACCGCGGGAAGAACGUUUGCGGAGUGCAAGAGAUGCCCACAUCAGCCAUUGUGAAA